AGUAGAGGAGAGCUGCUCGAGUUGGUAGUGUCUGUCUUUGUGUCUAGAAUGGCUUCGUCACGCAAAAAGCAGGACGAGAAAAAUCUUAAGACAAUACGCGAAUUAGGUACGCUGCCGCAAAACAAGUACUGUUUCGAUUGCAACCAGCGAGGCCCCACGUACGUGAACGUCACUAUAGGAUCCUUUGUGUGUACCAAAUGUUCAGGAAUGUUGCGCGGCAUCACUCCCCCCCACCGAGUCAAAUCCAUCUCGAUGGCCACCUUCACGACGGACGAGGUCGACCUGUUGCGCGCGCGCGGCAACGCCCACUGCCGGCGGGUGUGGCUCGGCCUGUACGACUCCUCCCACCCGACCACGCCCCCCAGCGACGAGACCGCCGUCAAGGACUUCAUGGUCGAGAAGUACGAGCGCAAGCGCUACUACCUCGAGCCGGUGCACGUGACCGGAGAGACGAGGACGGAAACGCGGCCGGUGAAGAUCAACGGAGGUCAGGUGCAGUCGACGCAGCGGUCGAGGCCGGAGAUAAACAGGAAUAGGGGCGGGGCGGUGAACGGGAACGCCUUCGCGGUCGAUUUCGAUAGGGCGGAUAUUUUUAGCGGUGGCACUACCACCACCUUGAACAAUAAUUAUAAUAAUAAUAGUGGUAGUGGUGGUAAUAAGGAGGGAGUGGCGCAGCAGAACGGGUUCGCGAAUUUCGACGAUAAUCCGGUGUUUCGGAAUACAGGAGGCGGUACGACGACGACGACAGGCCUACCACCGCCCGCAUCAUUCAACCACCACCACAACAACUGGACGACCCUCCAGAAUCCAACCCCUGCCCCGCAAAACGGUUCCUCAAACGACACCCUAAAUUAUAGCGUUAACGGCGCCUCGAACGGUUCAUUUAACGGCGCCUCGAACGGUUCAUUUAACGGCGCCUCGAACGGCUCAUUUAACGGCGCACCGAACGGUUCAUUUAACGGCGCCUCCAACGGUUCAUUUAACGGCGCUUCGAGCGGCGCUUUGAACGGUGCCAACAUGGAGGACAAGUAUGCAGCGCUCAAAGACUUAGACAACGAGAUCAAAUCACAGAAGAACGGUCACGUGGACUGGGGCUCGACGGGAUCGAACGGGUCGUUGUACAGCUCCCCCACCCCCACUGGGUCGGUGUAUAGUUCGCCGUCGCCCCAGGGGUCCAUUUUCGGGUCGCCUAGUCAAGGUCAGUUUAUGGCCACUUUCCCCCCGACCCAAGAAACCCACCCUGCCAACGUUUCUAACCCUUUCGGAAGCAACGGCGGUGCCUGGGGACACCCCAACAGUACCGGCAACCAUCAACAACAAGCGUUCGCCAACCCUUUCAGGGACUCGGGCAAAUCUAACGGAUUUUCGCAGGUCUUCCAGCCCAUUGCCGCCUAUCCGGUUAACGGGACCAACGGUUGGGCGCAAAAUCCGUUCAAGGUAGGAGGCACGAAUCUGAAUUCGAAUAAUCCGUUUUUAUGAGACAAUGGAUCACAGAUACACCGAUGCCAGUGUGCCCUAUAACAAUAUUCAAGUCAUAGCUCACGUUUUACAAAGUUAACUCAUUAUAAAAAGUUGCAUAAUAUAUUAUUAUUAUUAUAUCUCUCUAUUCACCUCUCUAAUUUUAGUUGUACGAUUUUCUACUAAUGCCAGUAUUUUUUUGCUAAAUUGUGUUUUCUUGUUGUGGAAUCUGAAUUAUAAAAAUUAUUUGUUGAAUUAAAAAAGAAAAAUUAUAGGUAUGUAAUUGAAUUGAAUCACGUGCAUCCAACUGUUUACUGGCAUAGUGGAAAAUCUAGAGUUUCACCAGGCGAAAGAUCAAAAUAUCGACGGACAACUUGUUGUCGGCUCGUUUUAGCUUUAUUAUAUAAUUUAUUUUUAUUUUGUUGAUGGUGUAUUUAUUUAUUAUCCCGCUGUGACAUUCAGAAGCGCGAAAUAUUCAAAGUUAGGUAUGCCAAAAAAGCUGUCGUCUACUAUAACAUACUUGUAUAACUGUCAUUAAUUUUGUAGGUUAUGUCUUAAGGUAUUUCCUAGGUAUCCCAACAUAAAAAUGAAAAAAAAUGACCACGAAACAUACACACUGGAAAAAUUAUGUUUCUACGGCUAUAACACAAAAUUGCUCUUUACUGUGUGCGAUCAAUAAGGUACUUUGCAUUUCUUCAGUGUUAUUAUUUCACAAAAUCUCAUCUCCCAUGAAAUGUCAAAUUUCAAGCAAUGACAAUACAGGCUACAAGCCGAAGAAAUCAAAAAUUUCGCUGUUAUUUGUUACAGCCGUAGAAAAAGUAUAGUGUAUUACUCGCACGGAAUGCUAUUUUUUCCCACUCCUAUGAUUGCAGCAUUCCCAAACUUCACUCUUUUGGGAACAAUAUACUAUUUUUCUUUAAUGUUUUUUUCGAGGUUAUUUUUUUCACUAUAACGUAGGGGAAUCCCACUGUAGGAUAGGUUCAAAGUACGCUUGCUAGAUUCAACGGUUGCCUUCAAUUUGGGUAUUUUUCCAUUUUUCCAAGCACUCAUAUACUAAACCUGUAGAACAACUUGGGCUGUAUUUUUUUAUUUCUAUGUGUAUAUAAAGACUUUAACUGUUCUGCAAGUGCUAGACCAUUUUUUUUAUAGGAUUGUGUCUUUUCCUUUUGUUUUGAUAAAAAAAACGAACAAAGGUGUACAGAGUGUGUCCAGGAUUUUAUGGAAUCAGUACAUUGAAUUUG